CGUUGCUAUGGCAACUCAGGCACACAACAACGCUCCAAUCAUGUCGAACGUCACCUCUGUUGCACCAGAAGAACGAAAGAAGAGACGUACUCUGGUUCUGAGGCCCUCUUCUCGAUCAAUAAAUAUUUCAGUAUCAGGCAUACAUGGAGUCCACCAAAGUACACGAGACACAUACAGUGCCAUUGGUUGCUCAAGCAGAAAAAGUUUCAGCAUGGGUGGUGGCAGCAAAAUCCUGGAGAAGAGCGCCCUCCAAACUCCCAGACAACUUGUUCGGGUGUUUGAUGAGGAAGACAAUGACGUCACUCCUCAGCCACUGUACCAGGCAGAUCCAGCAGCAGGACAGGCCAAAGCCAGCAGGUUGUUUCUGGAUGAGAUCUCUGCUGGAUCAGCAUCAGAUCAGACAUCAGCCACCGGGAGCUUCACCAUGCCUUUCUCCAGGUCAAUAUUAGGAAGCAGCAGAAUAUCCAGCCAGUCUACCAUAGAGUCCAUGAAUGAGGAGAUUGAGGAUACAUUUUCCAAACGGGACCUGCCCAUCCACUUCCAAGACGUGCAGGGGAAAAGAGACACAGUGAAAGAACUUGUGACAGAGGACAUGUUGAAAGAGGUCUCAGAUGUCUACAUCUCUGAGACAGACAGCAUUUCACUGCUGGACAUACCUAGCACCUUUGUGUCAGUGGAUGCUGAUGACGCAGAAGCUAUCACGGAGAGAAACAAUCAGUAUGCUGAGCUGUGCAGAAACAGAAUGGGCAAUGAUAAGUAUGUGGAUCGAUCAGUACAGACACUGAAUGGAGUAGCUAAAAACAAACAGGUCCAGAGCGACAGCGUGCCGAUGGUGGACUCAGCCACGACUGCUACCACCUGGGACAUGUAUGACACUGUGAUCAGCCCCGAGCAGGAUGAAGAGGGGUGCAGCCCUGAACCAGGGAGGGCUGACUAUCCAGAGGCUGUAGUGGACCCCAGCAGAGGAGCAGAGAGGAGCGUGUCCGUGGGCAGCACAGCCAGCACAGCCAGCGCUGCUAGCUCACUGAAAGAAGUGGACGUGUUUGGGAGCGGUUUAAACGCUGAGUCAGACCUUCAGCUGAUUAUGCUGUCAGAGAGAUUCCAACACUCUUUGCUAGUAAUGGAGAGGAGCAUAGUGAGGAACACUUUCCAACCCAAGCUGGCUGCUUACAGACAGCUGCCUGUAACCGAAGAUCCAGACAGUCUGGUGAAGCCUGGGAUGGUGGAGCAGAGGGAGGAGAACACAGAGAGCCCUGGAUCUCCAGCCGUGGAGCGUCUCUGGGCUUUCAGCUGUGAGCUGAGCAGAGGACGCAGCGUCAGCAGCAUGGCAUGGAACAAGAAGAACCCGGACCUUCUGGCUGUGGGCUAUGGUGAGUUUGGCUCCAGUAACCAGAAACCAGGCCUGGUGUGCUGCUGGUCUCUCAAAAAUCCCACGUGGCCUGAGCGUGUCAUCCAGUGUGACAGCGCUGUGACUUCCCUGGAUUUCUCAUCCAAUAACGUCAGUCAGCUGGCUGUGGGCAUGCAAGAUGGCAGCAUUGCCAUCUACAAUGUGAAGAGUAAAGACAGCGAGUCAUGCGUCCUCAGCAGCAGUGAAUGUCCCAACAGGCACUUGGAUCCCGUGUGGCAGCUCAGAUGGAGCCAGCAGGAGCUGAGCCUGUCAGGAGAGGAGAAGGUGGAGUCUUUGUUCUCUGUGUCUGCAGACGGACGGGUCAGCAAGUGGUUCAUCUGCAGCAGUGGCCUCGACUGCAUAGACCUGAUGAAGCUCAAGAAGAUUCAGAAAACCAGGAAGAAGGCCGGAGGGACGAAGACAGAAAGUGUUGAGUCAGCUCUGACUCCUGGCCUGUGUUUUGACUUCCAUCCAACAGUAAGUUGUGUCUACUUGGUUGGCACAUGGGAAGGACUCAUUCACAAGUGCUCCUGUUCCAACAAUCAGCAGUUUCUGGAGACUUUCAGGAAGCACUUUUGUCCUGUGAACAGCAUCGCAUGGAGUCCAUUCAGUCCUGACGUGUUCCUGAGCUGCUCCUCUGACUGGACCAUCCAGCUGUGGAAGCAGGAGCACCGUCACCCCGUGUUAGGCUUCAGCUCCAACCAGACAGCAGUGUGCGACAUCAAGUGGUCCCCUACGUGGGCCACGGUAUUCGGAGCCGUUAAUGACGGACAGCUGGAGAUCUGGGACCUGAAUUCAAGCAUCUUGGACCCAAUAAUUGUGCAGCCUGCUGCGGCUGGUGUGAAGAUGAAGUCCCUGCUGUUUGCCACACAGACAGACUGUGUCCUGGUCGGAGACAGUGAUGGACAAGUGACCGUCUACCUGCUGAAGAACCUCAGUGUGGGAGAGAGCAGCCAGGUGGAUAUUCUGAAGGACAUCAUCCGCUCUGCAGCUCCUCAACAGCUUUAGGAAACAAAGACCGAC